UGCAGGCCAGACUGAAGCCCUGAGGCCAGCCCCUGGACAGCAGGAGAGACCAGAGAACACAGCAGAAGGGUCAGAGAGAUCUAAACCACAAAGGACAGAGCCUGAACCUGGGAAAGAGACCAAGAGACUCCUAGGGGGCCAUGAAGGUGCCUGGAAGGAGGGGCUAAAGCAGUUGGCAGGCUGUUUAGUUCAUUGGGGACUGACCUUGCCCUGCAAUUUCCACAUGUUCCAGAGGCCCCAACCUCACCACAACAGCACCCAGCCAGAUGUCCUUCCAGCAGCUCCCAGUAAUCCCCAAAAGGAGACCCAAGGCUCUCUGCCCGUUCUCCACAAUCGCCGGGUGAGCAUCCAAGAACCCCUACUAGCCAACAGUCGCUGGGCCGGUAUCCAAAACACACCAUCCAUUAUCAGCAGUCGCCGUGUCAGCACGGAGGACACGGCAGCCACUAUUAGCGGUCACCGGGUCAGUAUCCAAGAUGCACCGUCAGUUACCUUCAGUCGCCGUUUCAACACCCGAGACGUUCCACCCAUUUUCGAAAUUCGCUACUUCAGCAUUCAAAAUUCUCCGUUAACUACUCGCAACUCCCUGAGCAAUAGAGAGUCAGUCACGUACAGCAGCAGUCAAGCCAGUAGCAAAAACCUCCGGCCAACGACCUGGAGGUCCCGCUUAAAUAUUCAAGGCCUCACAUCGCCAAUCCGGGCCAAAGUCGAUGUCCCCCCUUCAGUUACUCACAGCCCCACGGUCAGUAUCAAAAGCAACGAUUCAAUUAUCUGGACCUCCCAGGAGAGUUUCAGAGACUCCGCGGACAGCGCCCAAAUCAACCAAAGUACCCUAGACAACAGUAUCCGCAGCAUACAGUCAAGCAGAUCCACUGUGAUUGAUUCUGGCGGGUUUCAUAACAGGAGCAGACUCAGCCAUUCACAGCUGCCCGUGGGCUGGCGGCUGCUGCACCAAGCCAGGAAGAUCAGCCGCCAGGUGAGCCUGGCACUGAGCCUGCUCGGCAUGGCGAUCAUCGGUCUCAUCUCUCUGGGCCAACCCUGGGUCCACUUCCAGGUGCCACUCAGACCUCCUGGGCACCCUGAUGGCUCCUUGACCAUGCCCAUCAACACCAUCCUCUUUGUGCGGUGCCCUGACAUCUCCUGCCUACAUGAGUACGACCAGAACGCUUAUUUGUUGGACUUGGCCUGGGCCUUUCUCCUCCUCGCCAGCAUCGCCAGCUUCUGCCUCUGCAUUUUACUUAUAAACAUCAUCUUCUUCACCAGCUCCAACUCGCCCAUGCUGGACUUCUCCAGUGUCAUCGUCAGCAUCCUGGCAGGCACGGCACUGAGAUUUUCCCCUCAGGAGUCAAGGCGAGAAGUACCUUGCCUGGUGUCCAUCACGAUAGCCAAUCCCCUCCCCCACCACAUUCCAAUCUUACACCUAUCCUCACUUUCAUCACCAAUCCCAAUCCUAUGUCCCUCCAAGUCUCCAAACCAUCCCCAUAAAAAAUAUGAACUUCCAGCACAAGCCCAUCUCUAGCUCCGAUACCAGCCUCCGUUUUGCCUCCCAUCUCUAGCACCAACAAAUCUCAAACUCCCCCGUCUCCCCUUUGGGGAUGCCCAUCCCCAUCCCCAACUGCAUUCCAAUUCUAUCUACAUUUCAAUCUCCAAGCCAUCCCCAUUACUUUCCCCGACCCCUUUCCAAAUCUCAACACCCAGCUCAACCCCGUACAUAACCCUUCUCAACAUUCGUUCCAGACUCAACCCAACCCCAUCACCUGUGAACCUCACUUUCAAACUCAACCACAACCCAUCCCCAACCCCAUCCUCCAUCCUUAUCAUUCAAACUUCAACCUCUACCCAAGACCCUUUGCCAGUUCCAAUCCCAUCCCAAAUCCUGUCUC